UCCAAGCCAGAGGGAGUGUGUUGGGACGAGUUGUUUUUAAACCCCGGGUGUGGUGUGUGACUCUCUGUUUUCCCAAUAAAUGGCAGCUCGGGAAGGCGUGUGUGUGUAGGCAGCGAGGAGCAGAGAGUACCCCGGGUGGCAGCAGGCUCAGGAGAGCAGAAUGGGGGUGUGGGCGUUUGUAUGUGUGGCAGCUGUGGUGGCAACAGUGACUGGGGUGAAUGGGCAACUACUACAAAGCAACAUCUUACGGGACCCCCUGCUGGAGAGGACUGUGGAGAAGACCUGCCCCACCAACUGGUCCACCUACAAGAGCUCCUGCUACAAAUUCAUCCGCUCACCUGUCAAGACGAGGGAACAGGCCAGGGCACAGUGCCAGGCUUAUGGGGAGGGUUCAGAUCUCGUAAGUGUGAGCAACAAGGGGGAGCAUGGCUUCCUCACCCGCUACCUCCAUGAGAAUGACCCACUCCAACGCAAGUGGUACACGUCGGGUUUCCAGAAGACCCCCGGCUUCUGGGAGAACCAAGGGGAUGGCACCUCCUUCCAGGACAUGAUGGAGGCACUCUUACCCGAUCAGGCGUCAAGCCCUCAAACAAACUUUCUUGCAUACAGCUACUCACAGAUUCACAAGGAGUGGGGCCUGCUGAUGGGGGACGGGGAGGAGGCUCUUCUCUACAUAUGUGAGAUCCCCCAAGCCAACAUUAACAAUCUGAUCGACGAGUCUGUGGAGCGGAGCCACGAGUACGGCCUCAUCAUCCAAGACCCCAAGAAGGUGCCCCAAUCCCCUGUCUUCACCCUUCAGCCCAAGGACAAAAUCUUCGACCUGGCGCGGCGAGAGGUCGUAAACUACAUCUCCGUCACAUGUCUUGCCAAGGGUUACCCGGCGCCCACCUACAUCUGGUAUAAGGAGAGCUACGAGAACGAGGCAGUCAUGGCUCGUGCUAUUGACCCUCUCUCUGACCCGCGCUUCACUGUCUCCGGCGGAACGCUCAUCAUCAACGACCCAAAGCAGGUUGAGGAUCGAGGGAAGUACCACUGCCGCGCCAGGAACGAAUUUGGCUCCAUCACCUCCCAGAGUAUCCAGUUGUCCUUUGCCUAUGUAGCCGAGUUCAAUCUGAAGCGCUCGGAUGAAGUGGGCAACCAGUACUGGGGCAAAGCCAUCUUCUGCGACCCCCCACAGCACUUCCCGGAUGUGCGUUACUACUGGGCUCGUAACUACUUCCCGAACCUGGUGGAGGAGGACCGGCGCACGAUGGUCUCACACGACGGCAACCUCUACUUCUCCUACCUGGACAUGAUCGACAAUGGGCGCUACAGCUGCAACGUCCAGAGCACCGUCUCGGGUAUUGGGAAAAAUGGACCGUUCUUCAACCUGCAAGUGGGGCCUCUGCCCAACUACCAGCAGCUGAAGUUUGCCAACAACUUCCCCAAGGCCUUCCCCGAGGCUCCCAUCAGGGGCGAGGACGUCAGGCUGGAGUGCAUCGCUUUUGGAUAUCCCGUUCCAGCAUAUAACUGGACGAGGCGCGGCGCAUCGCUCCCUCGCGGUGCACAACUUCUUAGCUACAACAGGGUGCUCAUCCUGCCCAAUGUGGAGCCCUCGGACAUGGGUGACUACAUCUGCCGGGCCCACAAUUCAAGGGUUGCCAUCCAGAAUAGUAUUGCCCUCAGUAUUCAAGCCAAACCAAGCUUCACCAUCCGCCUGCAAGACCAGUUCAUCGCCAAGGGUGCAGACCUGAUGUGGGAGUGUGAAGCGUUUGGGAUCCCGGACGUGGACUAUGAGUGGCUCAGGAACUCGGAGCCUCUCAGGGUGGACACGCUCACCGAGGAUGAGAAGAUUCGCUAUGAGCUGGUGGACAGCAUACUAAAGAUCAAGGGCGUGAAGGAGUCUGACGAGGCCACAUACCAGUGCAAGGCGUCCAACCAGCUGGGAACCACAUACUCCUCAGGCCAGCUCAAGGUGCUAAAGUUGCCGCCCACUUUCCGCAAGCAGCCCCUGGAGACAGAGAUGUACGCCGCUGAGGGGAAGAACGUGACCAUCGUGUGCAACCCCGAGGCCGCUCCCAAACCCAAAUUCACGUGGCGGCAGAAUGGACUCGUUGUCGGAAAUGGCGGAAGAAGAAAAAUCCUACGCAACGGCAACCUGGUCAUUGAUCCUGUCUCCCGGGAGGACCGAGGGAACUACUCCUGCAUGGCCGAGAAUGUUUACGGCUCAGACAUCAGUUAUGGCUGGCUGGAAGUCCUCCGCAAGCCAGAGUUCUACCGCAGUCCUCCUGAGGAAGUGAUAUCAUCCAAGGGCGACAACAUCACCCUGGAGUGCGAGGCGUACACAGACCCCCUGUUGGACAAGGCUUACAUCUGGCGACACAACGGCCUCAGGAUUGAUGUUGACGACACCGAGUUCCUACGUAACUUGGCCUAUAUGCAGGGCUAUGACUACGAGUACCAGAGACGCAGAUACAACCUCUACGACAACCCCUAUGAGUCCUCGCUCUACCUGAAACGCAAGGAGCAGGAGGUGUACAUUGCCAAGAGGUAUCCACCGUACAAAAAGGGGUACCGCUCCGGCCAUCUGAGGAUCUCGGACCUCAAGCUGGAGGACGCUGGUGUCUAUGAGUGUGUGGCCGUGACUCCUGUUGCCAAAAUCUCCAUCUCCACCACCCUCAUCAUCCAUGGCCCACCAGGACCUCCAGGUGGCGUCGCAGCGGUUGGCCUGACCAGCACGAGGGGACGCAUUCAGUGGACCAACGGGGCGAGCAACGGCAAGCCCAUCGAGUCCUACAACAUCCAGACCCGCACACAAUGGACCCGCGAGUGGGGAACCAUUGCCAAGAAUAUUCAGGCCACGCUCAUUGACAGCAACAACGGACGCAUGGAAUAUGAGCUUGGUGAUGUCCUCUCGCCGUGGGCCGCUCAUGAGUUCAGGGUGCAAGGUGUCAACAUCCUAGGAGAGGGGCAGUACUCCAAGGCCUCACCUCAGGCCAACACGAGGCCAGACCGCCCCUUCACCACCCCGCGUAACCUUGGCGGCGGUGGAGGCAAGACUGGGGACCUUACCAUCACGUGGGAGCCGCUGUCCGGGGAGCACCAGAAUGCCCCAGGGGUGUACUACAAGCUGUUCUGGCGCCGCACAGUCAUCGACCCGGAGACGGAGUUCCAGAAGGUGGUGCUGAGGGACCGCGGGAACAUCGGCAUGCACGUGGUGGAAGUUAGCCGCACCAAGUACUUCUACACGCAGUACGAAGUGAAGAUCCAGGCAUGGAACAGCCAGGGUCCCGGCCCCAUCAGCGAGCCGGUGGAGGUCUUCACAGCAGAGGACAUGCCACAGGUCCAGCCCACAGAGGUGUCUGCCUUUGCCCACAACGCCACUUCCCUCAACGUCACAUGGCAGCCCAUUGAGCCAAGCAGGGAGAACAUCCGUGGAAAACUUAUUGGCUACCGGAUCAAGUACUGGCGUCGGGAGGACAACGAGACGGACCACAUCAUCAAGCUGCAGCGCGGUAUAGAGCCUCACGGACUCAUCGUCGGCCUGGUGCCCAACACCUUCUACUGGGUGCGUGUCAUGGCUUACAACCAGGCUGGCUCCGGACCUGAGAGUGAGCGGUUCUUGGAACGCACUUGGCGCCACCCACCCCUCAUGCCGCCCAAUGCUGUCCGGGUGUACCCCAUCGAUCCCAGCACCAUCAGGGUUACCUGGCGAGGUGUUACGCCCACCCCUAUGGAAGAACCGCUCAUUGGGUACAAGGUCAAGGUUUGGGAGGCUGACCAAGACUUCACAACGGCCAAUGACAGCCUCGUCUUCAUCGGCUCCCCCCUGGAGACCUACAUUACUGAUCUGGCGCCGGGCAAGUCCUACAUGCUCCGUGUGUUGGCGUACUCCCGAGGCGGUGAUGGCAAGAAGUCCUCGCCCCCCUGGAGGUUCCAAAUGGGAGACACAGAUCUGCUAAGAGGGACAGCCACCCAGGUCGCCGCCCCAGAAGUGCUGCUCAACUCAAGUCUCCUGGUGGCCUUCUUCGUGGCCUUCCUCACCCCACUCCUGCGCUCCCGCCUCUUCCAUCACCACCACCACUGACUGCCAUCUCCACAAUGAUACCUUGGUUAUGGUAAAAACACAUCGCAUCAUUGUGUUUUCUUAUUGUUCAAUGUCUGUUAUAACCUGCAUUGUUAAUCUAUUUUAGGUCUGGAUUUCAUGUUAAGUUUAACCCGGUAGCAGCGACAGGCCAAAUUUGUGCCAUGAUACAAACCCCCCAAAAUAGAUGAUGCAAAAACUGAUCACAAAUGCUUUGAUAUGUAUUAUGAAAUGGUUUGUGUGAGUGAUAAUUUUUACUCAUUUUUCAUGCUUAGAGGGACCAUUAAGAAACAUGAUCCCCGCUGCUACCGGGUUAAAAGUAAUGAUCAUCACACAUUCCUUCUGCCAAUGAGUUAAGAUUGAGAGGGCCUAAGCAAAGGUGUAAAUUUCCCACAUAUCUGAAGAAUGAGCCAAGUCAUUUCAGAAACUGUUGUUGUUUGAAGACUGUCCAUCAGGUCUGACUCACCAAGAUUGUUGUGAUGCCUCCUUCAGGUUUUCUUUAAAGGUUGUGCUCAAGGAAGUUUCCCUUUUGAAACAUUCCCAAGUGAACAAUGCUGCCAGGGAGUGUGUGAAGUAACCUCUUUAGGGAAGAAAUGAAGUAAAGGAUUCUUCCAGUUAGUAAAAAUAGGCUAGACAUACAGGCAGCAUAUGUGCAAGUGUGUGUGUGUGUGUGUUGUGUGUGUGUGUGUGUGUGUGUGUGUGUGUGUGUGUGUGUGUUUGCUGCAGCACAGAAGGUUUCUUAGGUACAAAUACAACAUGCUCCCUCUUCAACCACCAAGAAUCCGAUCCAUAACGAUUUGUCCACUAGCGAUAAGUUGUGUGAGUCGGUGCUGGGGCUCUGUAACCCUGUAGCUCUUUAAGCCCCAGGCAUUUGCUGUGAAGAAAGACUCAUACAAGAUAUCAGAGUUUUGCAGGGUGGUUAUGUAGGACUGAUCAGUAAGAGGGAAAUGGCAUGUUAGAUAUAUAAACAUUUUGUAGGAAUUACAAACUCCAUUGUAUGAACACAUGGUUAUUGUGGUUGGAAUAUAAUUUUUGGGCACAGAGGAAGGAGGGGACAAUAUCAUGAAUCUCAAAGAGGGAAGAAUCUCUAAAUUACUAAGGGAAUGAGUAAUCUUUAAGUCUCAAUGGAAUCGGAGCACCUUUUAAUUCAUAUGCAAUAAUCCAUCAGGGAUAGUUAUGUAUAAAGAGAUUUCCCCCCUAACCAGAUAAAAGGGAGUGGCAUCCUGUGUUACUGCCCCUUUCCACCUUUGUGAUAUAGAAGUAAUAGCAUGUCUGCUCACAACAUAAUCUCAGAAAGCAUUAUUUUUGCAUUAUGUGCAUGAAUGCCUUCACAAACUGUUUCAUCUUCCAGUUAUAAACUUCUCAAGUUUGAUUUUCGAUAAAAUGCUAAAAGACUCUGAAGGAAUAUACAUCUGGUAUUCAAAAUACACAAACAAUGCACUUGCACAAUUUUUUGGUGCAUAUAAUGAAGUCAAGAUCAAAUAUGAAAUGUCAAGUCAAAUGGCAUUUCUCCAUCAGACAGCUGGGCUCUCCUCAACCUGUAAGAUGCAAUACAUCCCCAUUGGGACAUAUCUGAGUGUGUGAGGUGCACCCCCACAGGGCCCCAGUCUUAGCCCAAAGUGACCCUUGUCAUGAUUUCUUGAGCCAGUCACCCAACAGUCAUAAUGGAGAGUGGAUGUACUGAGCUGUCUGUCACGUGAGAAUUACACCUCCAACCCAUCUCCCUCUGGCAGUAUAAGGACAGGGCCAGGUCUUGUGGGGUAUCAGAGGUGCUCAAUUACUAAAAUGCAUAGUAGCAGAAAAAUUAAGAAACACAGAAGCAAGCAGCGGAUUUAUCUUUCUUCAUUUUACAUCUUGGGAAGCCACGUAACCAUAACUAUCAAGGGGAAGAAAUAACGGCUAUGUCCGUCCCCGCGGCCACACUGACUCCCCAGCACUAGAGAACAGCAGGAAGGGGCUAAAACAAAGCCACCCGACCACAGCCACACAACCACAACCAAAAUCACAACGAACCCCAACAAAAACCUUCCCACUGGUGGAUAUUUUUCUUUUAUUGCGCGGGCCGUACCACUUGUCUACUGACCUCCAUCCCCCCCACACACGAACAUUCCAGAAAUCAGUAUUGUAUUUUUAAAAUUUGAUAACCACAUGUUAUUAUUAUCACAAAGUCCAUGUUAUGGAAAUAUAUUUUUAUUUGUGAUGUAUAGUCUCUGGCACUUCUCUCACUCUGUUAGAAAAAAAGGUUUCUCUUGCUUCCAGGUUUAGUUGUAUGUUUGUUUUAUUGAACGCUAAAGCAGCAGCAGCUACAGUUCAAUAUUCAGUAGCUUAGUUUUUAAUGUUACAUGUGACGAUUUUUUUUUAUGCAUUAUAGUAUGUAUAUAAGUGUUUUCAUGAUUUGUACUUGAAUGACCCAGCUGUGUGUACAUCUCAUUAUAUGAAGUUAGUAUACACAUUUUAGUUAGGUCAGAGUGCUCCUUCCACACUCAUAGAAAUCCACAGCUGCAGCAUAGUAUUGUCAUUGUAAUCAACUGCAAGUCUGAAAUAGCCCGCAUCUACCUUAGCUUGCAGUUAUGAGGAUUGAUGUAAGGAGCUGUCUUCAGCACAUUCCCGCAACACAGUGUGGUGUUCAGUAUUCAGGGAAGGGGAAAGGCAGGGGAGACAAGCACAAUACCUUGCAGCCAAUGAUUUGGCCAAAUCCUGUUUCCACUUGAAAAUACUUCCACCAGUAAAGUAUUUGAUGAUUGGUGACAUACUACUGAUGCAUUCCUUCCAUUCCAGACUUAUAGUUUUCUUAAAGGUUUAUUUAUAAUAUUAUGGUUUUAUUGUAAUUUUAAGUUUUUAUCAAUAAUCCAAAAAUCUACCAAGUAUCUAUCUUUGUGUAGUGACUUUUGGAUCCUGGCGUUUCAGUGCCCAAACAAAUAACAACGACAGUAGCUCCACCAAAGUAAUCUCGUAUUAGUUGUCUACAUACAUAGUUUGUUUAAUAAUGUUAACUUAGUCCUGAGUAGCAAUAUAUUCAAUAUUACUUGUAAUUAUGCUUGAGUUAUGCAUCUUGCUGUGCCUUUUGCUGUUAAAUGUGUAGAUGCCAAGUUCAAACUCAGAGUAAUCAAAAAAUUUAUUUUCAUGGUGUGACAACAACUCUGUUUAUAAUAGCCGUGUAAAAUAUUUAGGAAAUCACAUGAAAAUUUGGCAAACUGACUUUGCAAAAAUAAUUUGAUAAAUUAACAUUUCCCUAACAUUCAUCAUAUAUCCAUAUAAAACUUGCACAACUCUGUAAAUAUAAUCUUAUAAAAAAUGCUUAAAAAUUAGAUGAGCCUGUUCAUGUGGGAAUGUACGCCAAGGCCACAAAAAUUAGGUUGCAGCACUUUUUUUUAAUAGAGGUACACAGUUGCCUGAUGCCUGCCCUGAGCAGCUCCUCUGAGUGAUACACAUGUAGCUGCCAAGGCUGUAAGGUCAUAGUAAUGAAUAUGAAACUGGCAAAAUUAAGUGAUAUAAUUAUAAUUAGCAGUAACAGUAAUUAAAAGUUAUGUAAAAAUUAAAUUGUAAAUGAAUGAUAAUGGCACAUAAUUAACAACUACAAAUACCAAAAUUAUACUGGCAAAGGCAAAUGAUAGAGUGUAGUUAGCAGAGCAACAAACAUGAAAAUUAUAUUGAUGUAUGAAGUGAAGGCAAAAGUGUUACAGUAAGUAGUCUAUGAAAAUACACUACAAGAUCAAAAUUCAUGCAAGAAAAAGAAAAAAGUGAAUAGUUUGUGGACUGUAUGCAGAGAAACCAUGUGAAAGAAAAAAUGGCUGCAUGUAUAUAUAUUAAAAUAUUUAUUCUGUGCAUACAAAACUUCAGGUCCUCUAAGAAUAUGCUGCCCAUGCCAAUUUGGUCAUGACUUUUGUACUGGUAUAUAUCUUGUGUUUCAAAGAGAUCCGUCCAUAUCUAGUUAUCUUUUAAGUGGUUUGAGUAUGCAAUAUUUUUUCAUGAAUAUGAUGCUUGCAUAUCUUAUGUUUCAAAGUGAUCCGUCCAUAUCCAGUUAUCUUAGAUGUGUUAAGUACACAAAUAAUACUUUUCACUUGUAUGAUACUUCCAUAUCUGUGUAGGGUUAAAUUUUUCACAAUAUUGGAUACAAUUUUCUUUAUAACAUUUUCAUAUUAACUUGGAAUCUCAAUAAAAACAUGCCAAUAAG